GAAACGCAGACAGUCACUCUGACUGAAAACAGAAAUGGAGCAGAGUCAGUUCGACCGAGAGACUUUCUCCUGCUCAAUCUGUCUGGAUCUACUGACGGAUCCGGUGGCUACUCCCUGUGGACACAGCUACUGUAUGAACUGUAUUAAAGAUCACUGGGAUGAAGAGGAUCAGAAAAGAAUCCACAGCUGCCCUGAGUGCAGAGAGACCUUCAUACCAAGGCCUGUUUUGAAGAAGAACGCAAUUCUAACAGUUUUAGUGGAGCAGCUGAAGAAGACUGGACUCCAAGCUGCUCCUGCUGACCACUGCUAUGCUGGACCUGAAGAUGUGGCCUGUGAUUUCUGCACUGGAAGAAAACUGAAAGCCAUCAAGUCCUGUUUAGUCUGUCUGACCUCUUUCUGUGAGAAACACCUUCAGCCUCAUUAUGAUUCAGCUGCAUUCAAGAAACACAAGUUGGUGGAGCCGUCCAAGAACCUCCAGGAGAACAUCUGCUCUAAGCAUGAUAAGUUGUUGGAGGUCUUCUGCCGCACUGAUCAGAAGUGUAUUUGUUAUCUCUGCAAUAUGAAUGAACAUAAAGGCCAUGAAACAGUGUCAGCUGCAGCAGAAAGGACUGAGAGGCAGAGAGAGCUGGAGGAGAGACAAGGAAACAUCCAGCAGAGAAUCCAGGACCAGGAGAAAGAUGUGAAGCUGCUUCAACAGGAGGUGGAGGCCAUCAAUCGCUCUGCUGAUAAAACAGUGGAGGACAGUGAGAAGAUCUUCACCCAGCUGAUCUGUCUCCUCCAGAAAAGAAGCUCUGAGGUGAAGCAGCAGAUCAGAUCCCAGCAGGAAACUGAAGUGAGUCGAGUCAAAGAUGUUCAGGAGAAGCUGGAGCAGGAGAUCACUGAGCUGAAGAGGAAAGACGCUGAGCUGGAGCAGUUCUUACACACAGAGGAUCACAACCAGUUUCUCCUCAACUACCCCUCACUGCCAGCACUCAGUGAGUCUACACACUCAUCCAGCAUCAACAUCCGUCCUCUGAGACACUUUGAGGAUGUGACAGCAGCUGUGUCAGAGCUCAGAGACAAACUACAGGACGUCCUGAGAGACUCAUGGACAAACAUCUCACUGAUGGUCACUGAGGUGGAUGUUCUACUGUCAGAACCAGACCCAGAACCAAAGAGCAGAGCUGGAUUCUUAAGAUAUUCAUGUGAAAUCACUCUGGAUCCAAACACAGCAAAUACACGAUUGGGACUAUCAGAGGGGAACAGGAAGGUGACAAGGAUGAAUAGAGAUCAGUCUUAUUCUAGUCACCCAGACAGAUUCACUGAUUAUUCUCAGGUUCUGAGUAGAGAGAGUCUGACUGGACGUUGUUACUGGGAGGUGGAGUGGAGAGGGGGAGUUUCUGUAGCAGUCGCAUACAAGAGUAUCAGCAGAGUAGGAUCGGGUAAUGAAUGUGCUUUUGGAAAUAAUGAUAAAUCUUGGGUAUUAUAUUGUUCUCAAAUAAAUAGUAAUUUUUUGCACAACAACAUCUGGACUUCCAUCUCAGGUCCAGUUUCCUCCAGAGUCGGAGUGUACCUGGAUCACAGAGCAGGUAUUCUGUCCUUCUACAGCGUCUCUGAAACCAUGACUCUCCUCCACAGAGUCCAGACCAGAUUCACUGAACCGCUACUGGCUGGAGUUUGGCUUGGAGAAUCUGCUGAGUUCUGUAAACUUUAA